UUGUGGUGGCAGAGGUCCCUCGUUCCUCCCCCGCCCCGGGUCAACGGGUUGGUACGCGCCGAAAUGGCGGCGCGCGUAUUCCAACGAGGGUUUCUGCGGAUCAGAACUGCGACGCAAGUCUGGGCUUCUUCAGGCAAAAGAUCUGUUCUGUCAGCUGCUUAUGUGGAUAGUUGGAACUGGGAACCGAAAGAAAAAGAUAAGCAGAAUUUUGCUGAAUUGGCCUUUUGGAUGGACAAAACCUAUGACAGAAAGCUUCCAGUCAGCUCUUUAACCAUAUCCCGGUUUAUUGAUAACAUUUCUUCACGGGAACAAGUGGAUCAAGCUGAGUAUUAUCUUUACAAGUUUCGUCACAGUCCUAACUGGUUUUAUUUGAGAGACUGGAUCAUCCACUCCUGGAUCAGAAAGUGCCUUAAAUUCAGUGCACGGGACAAAGCCUUGUACACAAUACAAAAUAAGGUCCAGUAUGGAAUUUUCCCAGAUAAUUUUACCUUCAAUAUACUUUUAGAUUCUUUUAUAAAGGAUGGAAACUAUAAAGAUGCUAUGUCCUUGGUUACUGAGAUAAUGAUACAAGAAAGUUUUGAUGAAGUAUCUACACAACUUCUUGCACUUUAUGUUAUGUAUAACUAUUUGGAAACCAAUUCAGAAUUUACGUGGGAGGAAGAGAGAGACCUUGGCGCAUCCCUAUUGUUAGCAGGCCUGAAGCAGACUGGCACGGUGGGCUUCAGCUCUCAGUUGUAUGGUUAUGCACUUCUAGGAAAAGUGGAGCUGUCCAAGGGACUACGAGCUGUAUACCACCAAAUGCCUCUCAUGUGGACUCCGGGUUAUCUGAACAGAGCCUUGCAGUUGAUGGAGAAUGUGGCGUUACUUCCUGAGGAUGUAAAGCUGUGUAAAGAAGCUGUUGAUGUUCUGGCAGCCAUUUUGAAGCCUGUUCCUGUGGCAGAGCCCCUUCAAGAGGAAGCAAAGGCAUCCGAAGAAGCACCGAAGCAAGGACAGUUGGAAGACACAGAAAAGCUUCGGCUUCCCGAGUACUGUGAUCAGUUCAAGGAUCUGCAUGCGAAACUGCAGUCGCUCGGCAAGGUGGACUCCACCAGUUUGUUGACAUUGACCACCCAGCUUGUUGAGGAAAAGCGGCCGGGAUUUGAAGAGGAAGACCUUGCAAAAUAUGAGCAGAAGGUGAAGGAGUGGCAGCAGGCAUACACAAACCUGGUGGAAAGAGAGAAACAAAUGAGAGAAAAGGCCCAGCAGGAACGCGAAGCCCGGAAAGCAGCAAAAACCUCCCUUUAAUGAUCUCCGUCGAAGACUUUUGUUAGACUACUUUUUCUCUUGGCUGUAAAAUGAAGAAUAUGUUGUUAUGAAGGCUGUCGAUAUAGCCUUGAUUGUCUCGCAGAUUAAAUAUUUCUGGAGCCCU